AUAUAUAUAUGUGGUAUUUUGCAUUUGUGGCUGCAAGUUGCAGCCACACUUUCAACUUUGUCAUCCACUAGAGCGAGAAAUGCAGCUUGCAUAUCUGGUGUCUAAUAGCCCUAAUGGUACCUUUUGCCUCCCAAGGGGUGCAGUGAAGCAAGGAGGAGGACACAACCCAAUUCCUCAAAAGCAAGAAGAAUGGAAGUUUCUCAAGAGCUUGGCUCCUCCAUUAAUGGCUGCAGUUCUGACUUUUUCUCCACUCUCAAUCACCCCUGUCUCGCAUGCGCAAGCCAUUGAUGUUCAAAGAGGAGCUGCAUUGUUUCGUAGAACUUGCAUUGGAUGUCAUGAUGCAGGUGGAAACAUAAUACAACCAGGUGCAACACUCUUUACUAAAGACCUACAGAGAAACGGAGUUGAUACAGAAGAGGAGAUAUACCGUGUUACUUACUUUGGAAAGGGAAGAAUGCCGGGUUUUGGUGAGAAAUGCGCGCCGAGGGGCCAGUGCACUUUUGGAGCCCGUUUGCAGGAUGAAGAGAUAAAGAUUUUGGCUGAGUUUGUUAAGUUACAGGCUGAUCAAAACUGGCCGAACAUUUUAAUUGAAGACAAAUGAGUUUCUGAAUUCAAUUAAUGCUGACUCAAGUUUUUGGUAAAGUGCUUCUUUGUGUAGUUGCAUAUAUUCAAUCAGUACUAAUUCAGGGCAUGAAAUCUUUGUUGGUUUA